CGGGGACACAUUGCUCCCUAUCGACGCACAUUUCGAGACUUUUCCCCUCCCAAAUUAGUAUACAGGUAUCUAACCCAUACACCACUGAGAAGACAGCGUUGUGAUCCAGAGCGCAUACUACGCUCGUCCUCGAGAACCACGAUACUGUCCCUCCGAUGGAAUUCAAAUUCGACAUCCUCCACGUCCUACGCAAACCCGUGUCGGUGGUUACGGGCGACAGCCUGCCGCGGAAUCCUGUGCUGUUGGAACGAACGGUGGAAAUUAUCGACGAGCUAGGCGUCGCCAGCGCCAAGGCACAAGGCCUCCGCCGCCCUGUAACAACCACCGACCGGCUGCAAGCCAACCCCACGCACAGGAUCUACAUCGCACGAACCCCGGAUCCGCCACAACAGUCGGAUGGGGAUGAGAAUGUGAACGCGGGAGGUGGACGGAGACAGAGGGUGGUUCGUCCGGCGGUGUAUGGGAUGCUGAAAGUGGGGAUUAAGGGGUUGUUUGUUGGGGAUGAAUACGGCCGCCAACUGCAAAUCAACCCACUCUGCGUGCUGGAUUUUUAUGUGCAUGAGUCGGCGCAGCGGAAAGGACAUGGGAAGGCGUUGUUUGAUUAUAUGCUUGGGAUUGAGAUGCAACGACCGGGCCAUUUGGCGUAUGACCGGCCGUCGCCGAAACUGAUUGGGUUCUUGAAGAGGCAUUAUGGGUUGACGGAGUUCGUCCCACAAGCGAACCAUUUCGUCGUCUUCAAAGAGUAUGGGCUAGGAAGCCUGCACGUCGACCGCGCCGGCCGCCCCAUCCCACCAAUGCCGCCCCUCGCCUCCGCAAUCACAAAAGGCACAACCUGGCAAGUGAAGCAUUUUCGCCGGCGUGCCCCGUCUCGGGGCUCCACGUCUUCUGCUUCUUCCCCUGCCCCAUCAACAUCAAUACGCCGCGGGGGGCGACAACGACAAUCAUCGAAUUCUGGGGUGGGUGGAGAAGGUGGGAGGACGCGGUUGGCGCCGAUGGGGGAUGAGGGGGAGUCGAGGGGGAGUUCGAGGGAAGGGGAGCGGCCGGGGUCUACGACAUCACAUACACAGGGACAGACACUAGAUGCGGAGAGAGACAAGGAAAGAGAAAAACUACCUCCCCUCCCCUCGACGUCCUCCCUCACCGCCGUCUCUGACUCCCCACAACCCCAACCCCAACCCCAACCCCAACCCUUCAGCUCCGCGUACGCGAUCGCCAUGGCUACAGCCGCACAUCGACGGGCCGUCAACCCAUUAAAGACGAAAUAUGCGGCGUUUGCGGUUGAGGAGAGGGCGGCGGGGGGGAGAGGGAGUGUGGGGCCUGCCGCGGGGAUGGAGAGGGUUCUGAGGGGGAGUGUGAGGGCGGGGUAUCGAUAGGGGAGGACGGAAUGUGCGUUGUGAGUGGGAUGAAGGCUUGUGGACCGGGCGGGAUCCCGGU